AUGAGCGCUACAGCAGUUCAACUUAUAGCUGAAUUUAAGUUGCCAAGGGAUGUUUCGAAAAAAGCAAGACGAUUCUUGUUCGCAAACGACGAUUUAGGUAAUAUCGAUAAAAUUGAAAAACUUCGAAGAAUAAAAAAAUUUAUUUAGAUAGCGAGAACCAUGAAACUCAAUCUAUAUCGUCUAUCCAAGAGACACAUCGGAUUUGCCCCGACACAGAAAAACCUGAAAAUGUGAAUGAAUGGGAAGAUGCUCCUUCCGACUAUCAGCAGGUGAAAAAACAGGGUUUUUUUGAAACUUCUUUUUUUAACAGGAAGAAGAAAAAGAAGGUUGGCUUUCGAGCUGCCGAGUGACGUCCUACAGCGACGCCGACUACUUUUUGGCGAGUUUCGGAGCUCGUUUCGUCUUGUUCAGCAAAUCUUUAUCAGGUUUUAAGUUUAUAAGAAUAAUUUUUCAAGAAAUAGUUUGAUGAAGAAGCUAAAAAAUAAAAAUAAAAGAUCUUCAGGCGAAGAGUACAAGAUAGAAACAAUGCAAAAAGUGGAGGAUGAGGAGCAUGUGAUAUCAGCGAGUUGCCUUCUGGGGCUGAGCAACCCGCGCCACUCGGACCAGCUCGACUGCGUGCUCGUCGCCGUGGGCACUGUCAAUGGUUUCGUUCAUUUCUACACGGAAAAAGGCACUUUGCUCUUUCAUGAACAGUUUUCAAGCAAAGAGCCCAUAUGCGACGUUGUUUUCAGUCAAGUGAAGGUUUUUAUUUCAUAUUGAGAUUUAUGAGAGAUUCUUCUUUCAGGGAUCCCAAGUUUUCCUUGUUGUUCUGAGAAGGGUUUUUUUCGUCGUUGAUGUCGUCUCCAUGUAUUCCACUUUGUUGCAAGCGAAAAGUUCGGUUAGUUGAAUUCUUGUUUCAUUGAAGUAUUUACAGUAAAAGAUACGAAAAAAACGGGACUUUGGUCACAAAUUCCUUUUAAGGAAGUUUCUGAAGCUGCUUUUUUUGGGAGGUGAAACUCUAUCAGAGGGUUAGAAAUACCAUCACAACUCCAAGAAGCAUGCAUGGGAUGAGCAUGAAAGAUCAUUUUUUAAAGGUUUUUUCAAAACCCCUCCCCCCUUUUUUUUCCUCGUUUUUUUGCCAAGUCCUCUUCCUUUUUUCAGGUCCCACCGAGAAUAUCCCAUGUUUGCCAGGAAGUUUCAGAAAGAAUGAACUCCUUAAAAGAAAGUUGUGACCGAAAAUUUUUUUUAGUAUCUUUUCUGACGGUACUGUAUUUUAAAGAUAGCGAAGGGUGAGAAAACUGCACACCAACUUUCCGAAAGUCUCGAUUCCAACUGCGAGCUUCUGGACCCAGAGGUGACGAGGUCAGCCUCGCCGGAGUUCAGCAACAUUUCCAAGGUUUCAGCGACAUUUUGCACGUGGUCUACACGGGCCCUCACACGCCGACAACGUUGGAGCAGUACAUGGCCGCCUCGUCUCGUUCUUUCUACGUAGGUCACGGCAAAAGUUCAUCGACGGCUGUUCUAGGCCCGAGUCGAGCGCUUCACGCCUCCGACCUAUUCGACUUUCGCUGUGACGACAGAAGCCUCGUUCCUCAGUUUCGUUUGGCAUGAUCACGAGGCUGGCGGCAAAAUUUGGAACGAAGCCAUCAAGUACGGAAAAUCGGUAGGUUCUUUCAAGUUUCUAAAGAAAAAUGAGCUUGAAUUUAAUUUUUUUUGGCUGGAAAACACAGUUUACUGACAGGAAACUAUGAAAUUGCUCAAAAAUGUAAUUUUCGUCUUUUUUUCCUAGGAUGGAUGUAUCUUAUCUCUUACAAUCUCACAAUUCUUUUUUCAUCAAGCUAUUUUUUUUCAUCUAGUAGAGUAGUUAGUUUGAAAAACUUCUAGAAAUUUAAAGGUACCGCCAGAAAAGAUACGAAAAAGAGCGAAUUUGGUCACAACUGUCCUGAAAGUUUUCUAAAGCUGUUUUUUUUUUCUGUGAAGUGAGACUCUAUCAGAGUGUGCAAAACAACAGUGAUCAAAAAUCCAGAAAGUUUGAGAAAUAUUGAAUCCCUUACAAGAAAGUUGUGACCGGAAAACCCCGUUUUCGUUUUCUGACGGUACUGGAAUUUUUCCUGAUUUGUAUUGUCCAAACCAAGUUUGGUACUCACAUCGUUCUCCUGAAGUGUACAACGACCACAAAGGAUAUUUUAAGCUUCUCCCGAGUAUUGGGAUCCGGAGUUUUUUUGGACUGCAGUCCAAACCUCUGCGCAAAACGCCGUUGUCCGAGACGGCCUGCACGGCUCCCGUACGCAACUGCGUCAGGGACAACCGAGUCGCAGAGACGGUUGAAGGCUCGCCGGACGGCCGCUACUUGGCCAUCGUUGACCGCACCGCCCGUGUCGUCCUUGUUGAUGUUUGUUCUUCGCUUUUUUUUUACACAGUUUUCGAGUAUUGUUUUUCGCCCGCAGCUUUUUCAAGAACAAUCAUUUUGACCUGAAACUUUAUUCGAAAACUUCAAAAAAAAAAGUUUUUGAAUCUGCAUAAAAAUCGCAAAAAACAUGAUCAGCAAAUGUUCAACAAAGCCAGUAAACCGGUAUAAAUGACUUCCAAUUGAAAAAAUUGAGUAAAACAGAUCUAAUCCUUCGUAGUCUUCGGAUUUGAUAAAACACGCUCAUUGGGAUCUUCUUCCAAACUUUUUCGAUUGGCUUCUUCGAAAUUUCAGGCCAAAAAAAAUACUUUUUAACAAAGUUUUGUACGAAAACCCAAAAAAAAUACUCACCCAUUUUCGCUACUGUAUAAUAUCUGAGGUGGCUGGAACAGAGAUCACUUUCUUCGACAAUCAUUCAAACUUUAUGCUGAAACUGAUAUUGUUUUCGAAAAAUUGAAAAAAAUAUUAAUAGAGUCUCUAAGUAGUGAAUUAAAAUUUGGAUUGUUUGCUGUCAGCACAUUUCAAAGCUUCAAAAAAUGCAGAAAACAUUGGGAAAAAUCUAAAUAUUAGGCGCAUUUUGAUUAUUUCUUCAGCUUUAUGAUGUUUUUCAAAAAAACAUUUUUCAUGGCCUGUUUAUCGGGCAAAAGAAAAAUUGUCCCAAACCAAAAAUUAGUACUGUUUUGGAGCAAUUUUGGUGCGCAGAUAAACACGAUUUCGCGUUUUGAAACAUGUUCCGUUUCUCCAAUGAACACACCAUUAGUUUCUGCUUUUUUUUUUAAAGUAAAGCUUCAAUCGAACGCAUAGUCAGGAAAUUGAGUUCACAGGAGAUCGAUAUUUAACAAGUUUUUCAAUUAUGUUCUUAAACUUCGUACAUAUAGGUUCUAAACCGACAAAUCGCCAUGAUAUGGAAAGGAUACCGGGAAGCGAGCGUUUUUUUCGUAACGAGUACAGAAGAGAAACGGGUCGCCCUUUUCCUCGCGAUCUACUCUCCACGAAGAGCUCUUCUCGAAGUCUGGACUGUCGAGGUUUCCUUUGAAUCGUCAACUCUGUCUCUACCCCCUCUUUCCAGAGCGGAUUCCGGAUAGCGGCCCAACUGAUGGACCCCAAACGGCUUCAUGUUGAAAGGAGGAUUACCAACACAGAUGUGUGGCAACGUUUUCCAUUCCCUAGCUUCUUCUUUCACCGCCUAUUUCAUCAAUUCCAAAGUUUUCAUCUUCUAUUAAGCUCCAUUCAAAGUUUCUAGAACGAGUUCCAAAAAAUAGUUGUUCCGUUCCAUUUGGCGUUGGUGACUGGAGCCACUUACGAUCAACACGACCAGCUGCUUUUGAGAAAGGUUUUCUUCACAUUCGAAUCGGGAGGGUACCAUAAUGUGUCCAGAAAAAUACCUUUCGAAAUGGUAACCCAUGAUAUGUCCAUCGUGAGACCUCCAGCAUAACUUUUAGCCCUACCUGAGACGUAGCGGAGGUAUUUGAGAGAAUAUAUCAUGUCUAUCUCAUUUUGCUCAAAGUCCUCACUAGGAAACGUUUUUUACUUGUACUUUACAGGGGAGGUAAUUUUACUUUGCGGUUAGGAAUUUGCUAAAAAUUGGCCAGAACACUUUUUGAUGUACCUAAUGAAAAUCCUGAGAGUCGCAACUUGCACUGCUUCAUAAUUUUCGACAACAACGACCUAAAGUCUCAAAAAAGCCUAUUUUUUUUAGGUUUUGAUGGUUUUCUUUGACUUUGAGGCGUCUUUUGCCAAGAAAUAUUUUAGAGUUAGGACACUUCAAAAGCUUGAAAUAGCGUUUUUUGUCAUAAUUUGUGUAUUUUGCGAACUUUAAAGCUUUAUAUUUCGAAAACAAGAUCUAUUGCGAUUUUUUUUCUUCUGCAAUAAUCCUAAAGUACACGAAACCUUCUCUAGUCAGAGAUAUAAUCGUAGUUCCAUCGAUAGAAUUCAGACCCUGAAUUAUACCUCAAAGACCAUCGCGGUACCCUUUCUCGAUGCGCCCAUGUUUUCAAUUUGUUCUUUUAACAUCUUUUUGAAGCUUCAAACCGCCGGACUGAGCACGGAGACUUUUUGUGAAGUUCUUUUCCUCGCUUAAACUCGUCAGUUCUCGCCGAUCCGCUGUCCUAUCUUUGCUCUCCCAAUUGGAAACUAUCGCUCAAGCUCGUGACUUCUUUUCCCAGUUCUCAUCGGUUUCCAUUCCUUCUCAAUUUUGAUAAAUCCAAGUUUCAGGUCGAGUCAGUGAAGAGCCUAGGAAAUUUUGUCGAUCAUCUCCAAAAGGCCAUUGAAUUAUACGGAAAACUUUUGGCACCCUCAACCGAAAAUAGUCCAGAGCUUGAAACGACAGACAUUAAUUUGAAGCUGAAAGGUGCUGCUUUGGAAGUGGUGAAGAUACACUUGGAUCGCGAAAACAUAACGUUUGAACUUCCUUCUCAACCUGAAAAAAGAACCUAAAUAGGGAUGUUAACGUUCUGAGCGUUGGUGAAUGGCUGAGCUUCAUCGACUGGACUUCUGAAACGACUGAGGUGUUUUCCAGGUAGUUUUCUUGAAAAAUCAAAAUGAGUUUAUAAUGGUUACAGAUCUUGUGGAGACGGCUUUUACAAGCAACUGGCCUUUACACUUUUUGGAAAUUUUCUAAAAACUGAGACGAACGCCAAAGUUUUUCUCCACUCGGUUUUGAAUGAAGUUCCGUUCAGCAAGGUUUUCUGAACCCCGAGGCUCUCUCCAUAAGCAUUUCAGAUCGACAUUUUGAAACUUCUCAGUCUCGGUUUUCUCUCCUAUUCACAAGGAAUUUCACGCGAAAGUCUUGUGAGGUUUCAUUUCCCCUGAAGCUUGCCUGUGCAUAGGUUUAUCAGAACCUCGGAGCUUCUGUUCUUAUUGGAAGAAGAUGAACCGGGGGCUCUUCAACAGGCUGCUCGCAUCGCUUUCGAGUGGUUAGCUUUUCUUUCCUUUUCAUUUAAACUAGUUCAUUUUUAAACAGGACGGAUGUGGGACGUGCAAUUCUGCUGUUCACCGCGUGUUUUCUGGCUAAAAACUUUUCUGAAAAACCGGAAGAGUCGACCUGGAAGGAUGGAAUUGAGGACGCCGAGGCCGGAGAAGCAACGGGCGAAAAUGAGGACAUUUCCGAGAGUUUGCUCGUACCCAGCCUCUGAGCUCAUUUAUCUCACAGAACACCGCGAUUCGUGGCACUCUGUGAAUGUCGACGAGCACGCAGACAGCCUCAUACAGUACAUGCACGUGGUCUUCCUGGUUCAAACGCUGACCAAAAGAACCAUUCCGCUGGUGGCUGUUGCCUCCCACGCAGACUCUUUCCUCAGGGAGAAGGUUCGAAUUCAUUUUUAUACUCACUUAAAGGCAUAGAGGUAAAAAUGAGGUUAAAGAGAAAUAGGCCAUUUUGUAGAGUUCUUUCCUGCCUGUCGAACGGAAAACGUACAGAACUUCCUAGUUCUGUCGGAGUCGGAGAGAGAAAAGUUUGAUUUUUCGCCAAAAGGGCCUUUUGCAGUAAAGUUGCUCCAUGGACAACUCGCUUCGCCAUGUUUUGGAUUUUCUCUUUUUCCUUCGUUUCCUUCGGAUUACAAUUUUUCUGUUGUCACCGAAGUCUUUCUGUUAUGAAAAUUUUCUUAUUAUAUGAAUUUUUGGGAUUUUGGUCGCAAAAUACUUCUCUGUGCGGCUACUGUAAUCAGUUUUCUGUACACCGAUCCGAAGCAUAUUUCAAAAUUACAUGGCGGGAAAAUAAAAUCGCGUUCUUCUUUAAAAGUACUCAUUAUCUGUACUUUUUGAGUAGACCGUUCGAUUCGCAAUGAAAAUCUCUAUAAGAUUUCACCUCAAGCCCUGCUUUUUUCUGUUCCUAUGCCUUUAAAAUUCACAGGUCGCUUCGUGGGCAGUUCGAGAGAAGGUAGAUGCGGCCUUUCUCACUUCUGUGUUCCCAGCGGAUAUGCCCGAAGUACUGGGAGAAGAUCAGGCACCUGUCAUCGACAUCCCAGAAUCCACCGAAGACCUUCUCCGGCGCAUCCAUGAGUUGCUUCCACGAACUUUCGAGCAUGACUCCAUCUUUGCCGAUAUCGCCUGGGAACACAUGAGCACUUGGUUCAAGGAGAAAUCCGUCAAUUUUUCUCACUUUGCGGUAAGGUAGUUCUCUUUUUAGUAGCACUUUUUUGCACAGAGCAGCCUGGAAAACCUGGAUGCGAUCGUGAACUUGCGUCUGAGACACGGCGUUGCGCGAUUGAUCUGGGACAAUUUCGUGUCCACUGUAUUCAAGGCACUCUCAAUAAUGGUCGACAAGACAAAACGAGCACCGAAAGAGCGCGAAAGUCGGAAGGACCUCGGCUUUUCAGAGGACAAGACUGUCUGUUGGCUCUUCAUACACCGAACAUGGAUAGUUUCAGGUAGAGUUUCUGGCGCACAGUCAGAAGCUGCUGAGCAUUUUGCUGGAAUCCGUUCGUGAGGCGCCCAUGUCUUCGAUUCGAUCCCAGGACGUCCUUCAAGAAGUUGGCCUUUCUCGUCUGAGAAUAUAUCAAAAAGAAUGUUCCAGAAUGCGUACGUAUAUCUUAACCGACACCUCCACAGCGAAAAAAGCACGACGAAGGCUAGCAACGACUCUCUCGUGGCGAUAGCCAUGCGACAGCAACUUGUCAACUACCAUCUCGUCCUGCACCACCUACAUCUCGCCGUUGCUCUCCGUCUUCAAGUCCAGUUUCUCUCCGAGAAUCCCAGUCACUUUUUGCAAUUCAGCUCUCUGUUGGAAUCCGGAUGCAGACGAUUCGUACCCUCUUCUGUGCCAUCGGCGGUCGCGCUUUCUUCACUGACUUGGACUCUCAUCCGCUGAUUCCUCUUGACCGCGUCGAUGACUCAGUUUUGGAACGAAGGCAUUCAUUCUUAGCCAAGGUAUCUUUUUUCUCGUCAUGGGUCUCUUUUUCACGUUUCAAUGUCAAGGUUGCCGAACAAGGAUCAACCGAAGAACGGAAAAUGGCCAAAAUGCUCGCUGGCGAGUGGAACUUGACGGUGAAUUCGAUAGCUCUGAUGGUGAGAUAACGACGUCGUCUAUCCACACCUCUCUUGAGCUUGCAGCAGUCUUUAUCCGCCUUACGACUCGGAAACGACGACGUCGCUGCGCAAGAACUCUCGGCGGCGGUACACGAUGACCACGUGGCGGCAUCUCUGGCCCGCAUUCUUGCUGCUCGGAUUCUUCAGUUGGGCGAAAGUUCUGCUACUACCUUCACCAAGUCCCACAUGACGUUCGUUCUAUCAAUCUCAAUCAUUAAUUUUGUCCUUUAAAGGUAUCUCAUGAACAUGGCUGGUGAAGAACUGACCAGAGUUGAAUGCCCUGAGGAUACGACUUGGCAGAAGAGCAUAGUUUCUCUCGGAAAAAUCGCAGUCGGUUGCUCGUUUGCCGCACACGCUCAAGUUCCCUUCCUCCGUCUCAAUGACAUCGCCAAGCAAUAUUGGGCCAUCUAUUGGACGGAUUGA